GUGACGACUUCCGCUAACUUCCGAAGAUGUCCUACACAUGUAAACAUGCGACGAAACUUGGCAGCUAAUGGCGUUCAAGUUUAACAGCUCAGCGGCGUGUAUUCAUCUAUCCGACACGUGUGAUUAUAGAGUAGUUUAAUAUUAGCAUCCAGCGCUGGACUGUUAAGAGACUAGAGAGCAGUUUGUCAGUUACUUCCGAGCCGGACAAGCUAACAACCGUCGUGCUAACUGCUAACGUUAGCCAGGCAGCAGGGAGCCAUGCCUGCUCAGACCAUAUUCGUUGCCUCACUACCAGCCACAGCCACGAACCAGCGACUUGAGGAAAUAUUCUCUGAGAUUGGCCCGGUGAAGCAGUGCUUCGUGGUCAGAGAGAAAGGUACAGAAACAUGUCGGGGAUUUGGCUAUGUCACAUAUUCCAUGGAGGAAGAUGCACAGCAAGCCAUGACACAAAUAAAGGAUUACGACGGACAGAGGAUCUCUCUGUCGGUGGCAAAGAAGAAAAUAACAGAUAAAAAGAAAACAGCACCUAGUAAGCCGGAUGCGCCGCCAAAGGAGAAUGAGAAGAAACCCGAUGGCUUCAGGAAGAAACUACUGAAGGCAAGACUUAUCAUAAGGAACCUCAGUUUUAAGUGUUCCGAAGAUGACCUGAAGCAGACUUUUUCCAAGUUUGGAACAGUUCUCGAGGCCAAAAUUCCCCUGAAACCUGAUGGGAAGAUGCGAGGUUUUGCCUUCGUCUUGUUUAAAAAUGUGUCUCAGGCAGCAAAAGCCUUAAAUGAUAUGAACCUGAAGGAGAUAAAAGGGAGGCAGGUAGCAGUUGACUGGGCAAUACCAAAGGACAAGUUUAUUGCCACACAGCAAUCCUCAAUUGCAGGAAAUAAGAAUACAGAGGAAGCAACUGGAAAACCGUCAAACUCAGAAAGUGACUCUGAAGAUAAUGAUGAUGAUGAAGAAGAGAAACAAGCAGCACCUUCGAAGACAAAAGUCGCCUCAAAACCAGCUGUGCAGCAGGUGGAAGAAUCCCAUUCAGAUGAUGAUGAUGAUGAUGAUGAUGAUGGGCAGGAACAAGAAAGUGAGGAGGACGAGGAGGAAGAUAAUGAUGAUGAUGGCCAGGAACAAGACAGUGAGGAGGAUGAGGAUGAGGAUGAGGAAGAUGAUGAUGAUGAUGAUGAGGAGGAGGAGGAGGAGGAUGAUGAUGAGGAGGACGAGGAGGACGAUGGGGAAUCUGCUCAAAAGAAAACCCAGAAGAAACUUCUCCCUUCAGAUGUGAAAGAGGGCAGAACAGUUUUCAUCAGGAACCUGUCCUUUGACACCGAGGAAGAGGGUCUUGAGGAAGUUCUCCUGCAGUACGGAGAACUUAACUACAUAAAAAUUGUUGUCCACCCAGACACGGAACAUUCAAAAGGUUGUGCAUUUGCUCAGUUUAAGACUAAAGAGGCUGCAGACAGAUGCAUGGCUGCAGCAGAGGACCAGGCCGAGAAUGGUGGUAUCCGUGUGGAUGGCAGAAAGCUGCUAAUUGUGGCUGCAGUGAGCAAAGAGGAUGCUGCCAAGCUGAAGGUCGAUAAAGUGAAAGUAGAAACGGGCACUAGGAACCUGUACCUGGCCAGAGAGGGAUUGAUCCGUGCUGGAACCAGUGCUGCAGAGGGUGUGCCUGAAGCAGACAUGAUCAAAAGAAACAGAUUUGAAGAAAUAAAGAGGGCCAAGCUUCGGGACAUAAGUGUGUUUGUGUCAAAGACUCGUCUGUGUGUCCACAACCUCCCCAAGUCCGUGGACGAUAAAAAACUCAGAGCACUCUGCCUUCAAGCCGUGAAGGGUGGAAAGGGUGGAAAGGGAAUCCGCAUCCCAGAGUGUCGAGUGAUGUAUGACAAGAAGCCAGAGAAGGGCCAGGUGGUGGGACAGUCGUUAGGUUACGGCUUUGUCCAGUUUCAGGAGCAUGAACAUGCUCUCGCAACACUUCGUUACCUCAACAACAACCCUGAUAUCUUUGGGUCACACAAGAGACCUAUUGUUGAGUUCUCCUUGGAGGAUUCAAGGAAACUCAAAAUUAAAGAAUUACGACAACAAAAAAACAAGCAGUUUUUACAAAAUCGCCCCAAUAAAGGAGGAGCCAAACCUCAGUCCCCAGCAGGCGUAGGUGAAGUAGGAGGAAGACCACAGUCAUCCUCAUCGGAGCUGAGAGGAAAGGAGAGCGCACCUCCUCAAAACCAGAAAAGAGACAAACGCUUCUCCGGCUUCCAGACCAACCCUGAGGUUGAGCACAUUGAUCUGCAGAAUGGAAAAAAACGAAGGAAGGUUCUAACUUUUCCUUCUCACCGGGGACCUAAGAUCAGAAUGCGUGAUAAGGGAAAGCAGCAAGGCCCACCGCCCAAGAAAGCGAGACCUGGAUCCAAAAGUAAAGAGUGUCAAAGAGGGCAAAUGGAAAAGCCCACACAGCCCAGAAACCAGAAGGUUAAAGGAGCCAAGAGGAAUUUCAAGAGCAGGGACGGGGACCGUUUUGACAGCCUGGUGGAGCAGUACAAGAAGAAACUGACUGGAAACAGUGACAAGAACAUCAAUUUCAAAAGAAACAAGUGGUUUGAUGGUUAGUGCUGUGUGUGUGUGUGUGUGUGUGUGUGUGUGUGUGUGUGUGUGUGUGUGUGUGUGUGUGUGUGUGUGUGUGUGUGUGUGUGUGUGUGUGUGUGUGUGU